AUGCCAUAUAAAUUAACAUGCUUAAAAGAUGAAUCUGGUGCAACCAGAGGUACAUUAGUUUGUUUUGAUAACUGCACUUUUCUUAUUGAUCCUUCUUGGUCUGGUAGAGGUUACUAUGAUGAUUGCUUAAAAUUUUGGAAAGAAUGGGUUUCUCAGUUGGAUAUAAUAUUGCUAUCACAACCGACACAAGAUUGUAUUGGUGCUUAUGCUAUGUUAUAUUAUGAAUUCACAACACAUUUUAAGUCAAGAAUUCAGGUUUAUUCAACUCUGCCUAUUGCAAAUCUCGGUAGAGUUGUUACUGUAGAUCUAUACGCAAGUAAGGGGAUAAUCGGACCUUACGAUACUAAUAGAAUGGAUAUUGAAGACAUUGAGACUGCGUUUGAUCACAUUAAUACAGUGAAGUACUCUCAAUUGGUUGAUUUAAAGAAUAAGUUUGAUGGAUUGGGACUGGUAGCUUAUAGUUCAGGUUUUGCUCCAGGUGGAGUAAUAUGGUGUAUAAAUAAUUAUUCUGAAAAGUUUUUAUACGCACCACGAUGGAAUCAUACAAGAGACACAAUAUUGAAUAGUGCAGAUCUACUGGAUAAAACAGGAAAGCCAUCUUCUGCAUUGAUGCGUCCGUCGGUGGUUCUAACCUGCACAGAAAACGUUAGUCCAUCGAUCCCAUAUAGGAAGCGAUCUCUUAAAUUUAAGGAGAUUGUUAAGAAAGCUUUGGUAUCCAAUAGUUCAGUUGUUAUCCCUACUGCUAUUGGUGGAAAAUUUUUAGAGUUAUUUGUACUGAUUAAUGACCUAUUAUAUGAAACCAAAAAAUCUGACUUACAGAGUGAUGUACCUGUGCUAUUAAUAUCAUACUCUAGAGGACGUACGUUAACGUACGCCAAAAGUAUGCUAGAAUGGAUGUCAUCUCAGCUGGUCAAAACUUGGGUAUCGCGGGAUAAUAAAUCACCUUUUGAUAUGGGAAAUAGAUUAAAAAUUGUCCCCGUUAGCAAGUUGUCGAAUUACCCAGGAACGAAAAUCUGCUUCGUCUCUCAGGUAGAUACUCUCACAAACGACGUCAUUAGCAAAAUAUGCACAAAGGAAAAGGCUCUACUAUUACUGACCGAGAAGCCAAAUAGCGGUUCACAAAAUAUUCCUAUCUUAAACAAGGCAUAUGAUAAAUGGGAACGUGCUAUUAGUACAAGCAAUUUUAAUGCCACAGAGGGUAACCCUAUUGUGUAUUCUGAGAGUAUGGCUGUUCAAUUCAUCAAAACGAAGCCAUUAACAGGUGAUGAUCUGAGUGAGUUUCAAUCUAGGAUAGAAAACCGAAGUCGACAAAGGAGUGAGAUUUUGGCAUCCUUCCAAACUACCGAACAUGCUGCAAAUAAUGGAUCUGCGUUCAGUGAUGAUGACGACGAUGGUGACGACGAUGUUUUACGUUCUAGUGUAGGUGGUGCUUUAUCGGCGAAGAUCGAGAUACCGAUGGAUAUUUUAAUCAGUUCCUCAAUAACGCCUAAGCAUAAAAUGUUUCCUUUUCAACCUGGCAAGGUCUCUCGUGAUGAUUAUGGUGAUUUAGUUGAUUUUGAACAGUUUUUGACCUUAGAUGGGGGUAGAGUGAAACGAAAUGCCGACCAGUUCGAGGAUGAAGAAGAGGGCUACGAUCCACACGAGUUUGAAAAUCCAAACAAACAUAGUACAGUUGGAAUUAGAAGGCGUGGGGACCCAGACCCAAAUCAGAGCCAUGGCAACAACGAUGAUCUAUCAUAUUUAGAAACAAAUAGUUCACCACAGCAAAGGGUAGUUAGUCACCAUAAAGUGACUGUCCGCUGUUCAAUGGCAUUUGUAGAUCUAUCUGGGUUAGUGGAUUCUAGAUCGCUAUCAAUUAUUUGGCCUGCAUUGAAACCAAGAAAAAUGGUUCUUACCCCUGUUGCAGAAUCCCAUAAAGAGACAUGGAUAGCUACUCAGUUGCAAAGAAAGGGAUUAGAUGUUAUCGACGCUCAGUUUAAUAAAGACCUCACAAUUAAUACAACUCUUAAGUCUCUAGAUGUACUUAUAGACGUUGAAAUGGAUCAAAGCUUACGUUGGCAGCGUAUUAGUGAUGGUUACGUCGUGGCUCAUGUAGCAGGCCGGUUAGUUCGAGAAAAAGAUGCGAAACUUUCACAUAGAGAAAAACUAAUAUUAAAGCCUCUUUCAAACCAUCCUUCGAGGGUUCAGACCGGAGGAACCUUACGCAUUGGAGAUGUAAGACUAGCUGAACUGAAACGCAACUUAACAGCACAAUCUCACGUCGCUGAAUUCAAAGGAGAAGGAACAUUAGUUGUCGACGGGCAGGUUGUCGUGCGCAAAAUUGGUGAGAGUGAAGCAAUAGUCGACGGCAUCCCUUCCGACUUAUUCUACAAGGUGAAGGCUGCGGUAGCAGAUAUGUUAGCCAAGGUAUAG